AACGUCGCCGCAGGUCGGCAACAACAGCUUCGCUGCGAUUGAUGUUUGACCUUCUGUUAGCGUUGGCGCACAAUAGGAACAACAAGAGCCCGGCCGAGGCUGCGGCACCAGACCGCACACCCUCGCAGCUCGUCCAAAUUCCACAUCAAAGAAUCCAAAGCUUCCUACUCCCAGACACACCCUCUCGCCCAUCAAGUCAACAGUCUUCCAACUCUCGCGGUCCGUUAAUCACGACUUCUUGUUAGUCGCUACCCCACCAGGCAACCACUAGCCUCGCUCGGUAAUGGCGCCGGAACGCGACAUAUUCUCCUGCUUCAACAAAAAGGGGCGUCCGAGAGGCCACUUCUUCAGCUGUCACGACCUCUACGCUGCUGGUGUCUGGAUUGGUUACUUGUCGCCAGAGAAGCAUGGCCAAUCGUUCAAAGGGUUGCCCUCGUUUAACCAGCUCAAGAAGAACUGCCAGAAAUUCAACCCUCCCUUCCCUCCUGGCAUCCCUGGUGUUGCUUGCGAAGAGCGAUAUGCAGUUUGCCGCGGCUGCUUUAGCGGCCAGUCUCAGCUCAUCACUCUACGGGAAGUCAAUUUCAUGAGCAAGAUGAAAUUGGUCGUCAUGCCACUUGAUGGCACGGACGACGAGGGCAUGUUCUGCAUUCUUCUUCCUCAGCCGACCGACAGGUCUCUUCAGGGGAUCCAAGCCUACAGGCCAUAUGAGUACACAAAAGGCGGUCAAGGCCAAACCUUUGCCAGCAACAUUAUGCUCCUUGGACUUCGAAACAACAGUCAAUCCAGCGGCACAUUGGAAGCUGUCCGUGUGGCAUUGGAACCCCCUGAGACUGCGAGUAAGCAAGCCAAUAAUGAGUCUCUCGUUUCACCAGCGGAGGCUACUGCAUCGCGAAGUGGUCGGUCCGCGUCGACUACCGACAGGAAUUACGAGCAUAAUGCCGGACAAUGCACAGGACGCGCAUCAGAGAAGCGGAAUCUAUCAGAUGGCAGCAGCGAGAACGAGCGGCCAUUCAAGCGGCAAGAAACUGAGACGCUGAUUUCCCGAGCACAAAAACCGACUCCGGGCUCACGCGAGACAACUGGGCCUCCAUCAAGCAUGGAGCACAACAUUCCCACUUCCACACCUCGCAAUACCGGCUCUGCUCCCGCUAUACCCGAGGUAAUCCCGCUAGAUCUCACCGACGAGCAGUCGAAACGAAUCCGGCUCAUCUGGAUGGUGGAGGCCGAAGCAGUUGAAUAUGAGUUCGGUCAUCCCCUCUCCAAUUGCGCUACUUUUUCAAAGUAUCUGGAACUGCUUCAGGAGGAUGCGGCCGACGAUCGAGAAGUCAUUGAAAUCCUGCAGAGUACAAGGGUGUGGCGCAUGACCUAUCAACUCUCCGGCGCUCCCAAGAAGGCUUUCACUGUACGAUUGGGCGACGACACCGGAUUCGAAAGGCUUCAGCAGUCUCUUCUGCAAUCAUCAUUUUGGGAAGGAAACCCCAAGUCCAAGAUCGAUGUCAUGGUUCGAGCCUUGAAGUGAACGAUACCCAAAACUUUCUCACUUUUAGUUCUGGCUUUACUCGCACAUGGGCAUACCAUCUCACGAGCAUGCCCAUGUCAUUUCGGGGGACAGCAGUUUCCCUUGGCGCAUGAUGGAACACGUUUCAGCCGUGGUUGAGCUUAGCUAUCUGGCCUGCUAUAUUUGAGAAUCUCACCGUAACGGGCUAUACACGUACAGCAUCAUUUACCUGCUAUUUAGCUAGCUCAUAUUUACUACACCCCUCUUCAAAAAUUGCCUCUUACACAAUAGAUCACUCUCCC